AUGAAUGACUACAUUGACAAUAAAGGGCCAAUGACAAAGGAAAUUCAGAGGACGGUUUUUAGGGAGUUCCAUUGUAAACCAAACUAUUGGCAAUGUUGGAAGGCAGUUGUAACGACUAAGAACAUGGUUAGGGGGACACCGGAUCAUGGGUAUGCUUGCUUACCGGCUUAUUCAUACAUGGUUAAAAAUCUAAAUCCAGGCUCCAAAAUUUGUAUUAGUCUUGAUGAUGUGGACAACUUCAAAUAUUACUUUGUAGCUUACAGAGCUUGCAUUCGAGGAUAUAUACACAUGCGAAAGGUUAUUGCCGUCGACGACACACAUUUAUACGGCAAUUAUGAAGGUGUGUUGUUGUCCACCGUCGCACACGAUACUGAGAACCAUAUCUAUCCAAUUGCUUUUUGCAUGUCGGACAAGGAGUGUGAUGAAUCCUGGACCUACUUCUUCGAACAGCUGAGGUAUAUAAUCAUCGAUGAAGCAGACUUGUACAUCAUCUCUGAUAGGCACCAGAGCAUAGCCAACACAAAAGCAUAUGGUUACCAGGAGUUCAAUGAACAUUUUCAGCAAUUAAGGAAUAAAUGCCCCGAAGCUGCUAAUUGCCUCGAGUUUGAUAUUGGAUUUGACAAGUGGAACAGGGCAUAUUUUCUAGCAAAUAGGUACGAUGUGCUGACCACAAACAUUGUGGAGUUGCUAAGCUCAAUGUUAAGGGAUGAAAGAGAGUACCCUAUGACUGCCUUAUUCACUUCCAUUUCUAGAAGGUUUGCUGAAAUUUUCAGGCAGAGACAUGCAGAUAUCAGCAAUUCAAUCAAUUUAUUUGUGCCUUCGCCUGAAAAGACGCUAAGGGAAAAGAUGAAUGAGGGCGACUCCUUGUUUGUCAAUAAUAUAAGCGGGGAUGCCAACGAGUUCACCAUAUUCGCAGUGGCCUAA